UGAACUGAUAAAUUGGUACAAUACUAUAUAAUCCUUUAUUAUCCCUUUCUUUUUAUAAAAAGAAAAAAAAUAAAUAAAUCAAAUCAAUAUAAUAUUUAUAUAUCAUGCAUCAAUCUACAUCAACAGUAUCUCCUUAUGUUCCAAUUAAAUCAUCAUCAAAUUCUUCAAAAAAACGAAAUACACGUUCUGUAACAUUAUUACCUCCAACUAUUAUAAAUACUAUUAAUAAAAAAACUCAAAAAAAGUUCAUUUUAGAAUUUUCAAUUCAUUUAGCUUCUAGUAGAUUCGCUAGAGAACUUAAAAGCGUUUUUCCUCAAGUAGAAUACAUUGAAAGAUGUCUCGUGGUACCUACAUUUUUAAAAUGUACACAUGAUUUGGUUGGUAUCGGUGCUGCAAUUGAUAAUGAAAAAGAUGAAAAACUUGAAGAUUUCGUUGGAUGGGGAAAAGAGAUUUGUCAAAAGUUGAGAGAUCGUGGAUAUUGGGCUGAUUUAACUGAUCCUUGUUCUGGAUAUCCGAUAUUCUCUGAACGUGGACCAUCAAUUUACCCGGAUGUUCAAGGUGCAGUUGAAUUACUGAAAUAUGACCUUCAUAAUGCAGGAUGUUGUCACAUUCUAUUACAUCCGAAAUGGGGAAGUAAAGUUUAUCCCGGAACUUUAUUCACGACUGCUAGUGAUUUAGAACUUAAACAAGUAAUUUCUGAGACCAUCGUUUCAGAAUCUGAAUCUUAAAAAAAAAAACUUUAAUACAUAGAUUAGGACCCUUUUUUAAAUUAUUUAUGUGGCGUAGUAAAAAUUUGCAA